ACGCGGAAUGGCAACAGCGUUCAUUCAUCUACCCCUUUCUCUCUCUGUCUCUCUCUCUCUCUCUUCCUUCUCCAUAUUUCUCCACUUUUUUGCCCUACUACAGCGUAGGGUUCCUGAUGAUCUUGGACCUCUUUUGACUGUAAUGCAAUCGGCUGUUCAAGAUCUUGGCAUUUUUCUGAUCUGGGUUUCGUUGUUUUCGGUGAUCUGUCCGAUCGUUUUUGCUCUCGGCUGCGGGGUUUGUGUUUGUGCUCAGGAACAACCAUGCCUACUCUCGUCAAUUACAGUGGGGAUGAUGAAUUCUACUUUGGGGGGUCUGUUUAUUCCCAUUUGGAUGCAUAUUGCCCUCCAAGCAAGCGGGCUAGAAUCAGUUCCCCGUUUGCUUCCUCAGGAAACAUAUACGAGGAGGAGAGGAAGCCCUCCAUCGAAACUCUUCCCGAUGAAUGUCUUUUUGAGAUUUUCAGGCGCCUCCCUGGAGGCCAAGCGAGGAGUGCCUCUGCUUGUGUAUCCAAGCGCUGGCUUCUGCUCUUGAGCAGUCUCCGAAACUCAGAGAUUUGCCGGAGCAAGAACGCCGAGGAAUCAUCAGAUGAUGUUGAAAUGGUCUCUGGUAGGGAGGAUGUGGAAUCUGAAAGCAAUGGACAUCUUUCAAGGUGUUUGGAAGGGAAGAAAGCUACAGACAUUAGACUUGCUGCUAUUGCAGUUGGAACCUCCAGCUGUGGGGGGCUUGGCAAGCUUUCUAUAAGGGGAAGCAAUUCAUCUCGUCAAGUCACAGAUCUUGGGCUCUCGGCUGUUGCCCGUGGUUGCCCUUCUUUGAGGGUCCUUUCUCUCUGGGAUGUCCCCUCUGUAGGCGAUGAGGGUUUACUUGAGAUAGCCAAGGAAUGCCACUUGUUGGAGAAACUUGAUCUCUGCCAGUGUCCUUCAAUUUCCAACAAGGGUAUGAUUGCAAUUGCCAAGAAUUCCCCGAAUCUGACUGCUUUAACAAUUGAAUCUUGUCCGAACAUCAGCAAUGAGAGCUUGGAAGGUAUUGCACAAUUCUGCCCAAAGUUGCAGUGCAUCGCAAUCCGAGACUGCCCUUUGGUUGGGGAUCAGGGAGUUGCAAGCCUUGUGUCGUCAACCUCCUCCGUCUUGACCAAGGUAAAGUUUCAGGCACUGCGGGUCACAGAUAUUUCUCUUGCUGUAAUUGGGCAUUACGGAAAGGCUAUUACGAAUCUCACCCUUAAUGGGCUUCAAAAUGUGAGUGAGAAGGGCUUCUGGGUCAUGGGUAAGGCUCAGGGUUUGCAGAAAUUGACAUCUUUGACAAUUACUUCUUGUGGGGGGACAACCGACAGGAGUCUUGAGGCCAUAGCCAAGGGCUGCCAUAACUUGAAACAGAUGUGCCUUCGCAAGUGUUGCUUUGUAUCUGAUGGUGGACUUGUGGCUUUUGCUAGGGCUGCUGGAUCUCUUGAAAAUUUACAGUUGGAAGAGUGCAACCGGAUCACCCAAUCGGGGAUUUUGGGUGCCCUCUCAAAUUGUGGCUCGAAGUUAAAGUCUCUUUCCCUAGUUAAAUGUAUGGGAAUCAAGGAUCUUGCAGUGGAAACGCCCAUGCUAUCUCCAUGUGAAUCUCUUCGCUGCUUGUCCAUUCGAAGCUGCCCUGGUUUUGGAAGUCGUAGCUUGGCUAUGUUAGCGAAGUUGUGCCCUCAGCUACGUCAAUUAGAUCUAUCUGGGCUUUGUGGAAUAAACGAUGCUGGACUUCUUCCACUCGUGGAGAGCUGCGAGGCAGGCCUUGUUAAGGUGAACCUCAGUGGAUGCUUGAAUGUGACAGAUGAAGUGGUUUCGGCCAUUGCUAGGCUCCACGGUGGAACUCUCGAAGUGCUGAAUCUCGAUGGCUGCUACAAGCUCACUGACCAAAGCAUGGUGGCUGUUGCAGAGAACUGCCUAGUACUGAAUGAUCUCGACGUGUCCAAGUGUUCAAUCACCGACUUGGGCAUCAUUGCUUUGUGUCAUGGCGAGCAACUUACUCUGCAGGUCCUUUCCCUCUCGGGUUGCGCAAAGGUAUCGAACAAGAGCUUGCCUUACCUCAGAAAGUUGGGCAAGACACUGGGGGGACUGAAUCUCCAGCACUGCUCAAUCAGCAACAGCACCAUUGAGCGCCUUGAAGGAGCCUUGUGGAGAUGUGAUAUCCUAUGCUAGAUCACAAAGGUAAAAAAACGAUGAAGAUAGCUUAUUACAGAAGCCUAAAGCUCCCUAAAGCGCUCUCCAGAACCAGUAGCAGCAGCUUAAUAAUACUACUUCGUUUUUGGCACAUCAGAAGUGAGCCUCCUGGUAAUCCGGUAGCUCAGUUGUUUCACAGGAACUUCGGCCGAUACCUUUUCCACCCCUUUUUUUGCAGGUCUAGUACAGAACCUGUUUCAGCCCUUUUAGCCGCGCCUGAUAUGUGGGAGGCGGCCUCUUUCCCGGCCAUGGUUCCUGGCGAAUACAGUCACGGAGCUCCGGUUUCAGGUGUUUGUGGGUAUUCCGGUUCAGUGUUUCAGCCAGCUUAUUCACUUGCUCAUUCCUGAUGUGCCUGCCAUAUUAGAGUUCGUCUAUCUGUUUAUCUAUCUAUUGCCUACCAAAAGAGUCUGUUUUCUGGAUUUAAUGUCAGUUUGAGUGUUUCAUGUGUUUUGAGAAUUUCUUGUUAUGGUUGUUUGUCUUUAGGUGUCCUGUUAAGAGAGUGGUGUUCUGUGGUAAAUUCUGAGUGGUGGGUGCCUCAGAUUUCAUGGGCUCUGGCCAUGGCAGCUAAUUCAUUUGGUUUGCCAUGACAACCUUGUAUUUGGGUUGUUUUUUGCUUACCAGAGCCCUAGUUUUUUAGGGUUUCAUCAAAGCCCUAUUUCUGCAGGUCUCUCUGUCUUUGAAUUGUACACUGCAACUACUACUCUGUUGCCUGUAAUGAAAUAAAAUGUCCCUUUUGUGUGUGUGUUA